CGUGGUAGUCUUCAAGAUGAGCUUACAAAUCGUCGUACGUGCUGCGAUUACAUUGAGGAAGAUCGAAUUGUGCGACUUUUCAUGCAAAUAGCUUCUGCAGUCAAUUUAAUGCAUUCAUCCUUGCCACCGAUUGCGCACAGGGAUUUAAAGCCAGCUAACGUGCUGCUCUCGGACGACGAUAGGCCUGUACUGAUGGAUUUUGGUUCUUGUUUUGUUUGUCCAAUUCUGAUCACGGAUGGUAGGGAAUCUAGAAUACAAUUGGAUGAAGCUGGUGAACUAUGCUCAAUGCCUUAUCGAGCUCCAGAACUUUUUGUUUGCGAAGUUGGUUCAAAAAUUGAUCAGUCUUCUCUUGGCUGCCUUCUCUUUGCCUUAUGUUUUUUUCGCUCACCAUUCGAUGAUAUCUAUGAACGCGGCGACAGUAUUGCUCUUGCUGUGCAGUCAGGGAAAAUUGUGUAUAAUGAGAAUCACCCGUACAGUCAAAAAAUUUUGAAUGCAAUUCGUGCAAUGAUAGCUGUGGAUCCACGUGAUCGUCCUAACAUUGCUGCGAUAUGUGAAAUGUUGGAGAAUUCUUAA